AAAGGACACACAUUACGUUCCUCCUCCUAUAACAGCAUUGCAAAAACCCUUCCUGCAGCCAUGAAUGACACAAAAUAUAAUUUCUAGAUUUUGGUCUAUGCUUAAUUACGAGACAAGUUCAGAACCAGAUCUGAUCAAGGAGUGACAUUCUACAGAAUUACUUUGUGUCAUUUCCCCAUUUUGUGGAUGAUGGCAUGUUUAGAAGCUCUAUAAGUAGCCUGUGAUUCCAUGGUGAAGGUAAACUGUUGCUGGCUGAUUCAGGAAACAGAUCCUUCUGCAUCAGUAUUGAAAUCUGCAUCAUCUCAUCCCCUCAUCAUGAAGCUGCUGGCUGUGUGUGUCCUGGUUUUCUCUGUGAUGGCUCAGACCAGAGCUGACACUGAACCAGAUGAUGGCUCCACUGAUCCAGAAGAAGUUGACUUGGUCCAGAGAUCUUCUUGUCCUCCCGGCUGGUCUCCAAUCAACAAUCGCUGCUUUCGCUAUGUUUCCAGACACAUGUCUUGGGCUAGAGCUGAGAGAUACUGUCUGUCCAUGGGAGCAAACCUGGCAUCAGUUCAUGACACGAACGAGUACCAUCAGGUUCAGUCUCUGAUAAGAACGGCAACUUACGGGUCCGGAAGAACAUGGAUUGGAGGCACUAAUGUACAGGAGCCGAGCAUUUGGUUUUGGAGCGAUGGAAGGCCUCUGCACUACACAAACUGGUGUCAUAACCAGCCUGAUAAUCAUUGGGGCAGGCAGCACUGUUUGCAGAUGAACUAUUCAGGUGAAAAGUGCUGGGAUGACCAGACCUGUUCUGUCCGUCUUCCUUCUGUCUGCGCCAAGAAAGUCUGAUCAGUCUGAGGUUCACAAAGAUGCUUAAAACAGAAUCCAGCCGAAGAUCCUUGUUACGUGUUUCUGUUAACCUGCCCUUUUACAGCCUUGUGGCUAUCCUCAAAACUCUUUCUGCUCCUUUGCUUAAUGUAUUUUCUCUUUAAUGGUACCCAGUGAAUACAGCCACAAAUAAACAGCACAGGUGGUUUUCUUCUUUCUAAUUAGAGCAGACUGGGUAUAAAAAUUUUCAUUUAAGACAAACUUUCUUUUUUUCUUUGGCCUUGCAAA